AUGUUUGCUCCUAGGCAUGACAUGAUGCAACAUAGGCAAAGGACUAGGGCUCCACCAUUGUCAUUCUUCAGAGAUGGAUCUGGAAGACCUCGAGGAUUUGAAGACAGAUUUAGAUUCAAUCGGGACUCCUCCAGCUCUCAGUGGAACUCUGAGAGCAGUUAUAUUUACUACAUUGAAGAUGAAGAUGAUGAUUUAGAGGAGUUAAAAUGGGCAGAGAAAGAAGAGAAACGACUGGAUGGAUGGAAACAGCAAUUCAUUUCAGCACAUGACCACGGAUCCUCUGAAGAUGAACACACACGGCUGCUUUCACCUUCUUUUUUUGGAAAAGCUCGAAGCAAUUUGCUGCAUAUUAAUGUUGGAGGUACAAGUUAUUAUAUAUCCUACAUGGUAGCGGCUAAUUAUCCAAAGACACGGAUAGGUCGCUUGGCUACAUAUACUGACCGACAACGUAAGCUAGACCUAUGUGAUGACUACAUUCCAAGUGAAGAUGUCUAUUUCUUUGAUCGUGAUCCAGCUAUGUUCCAUCAUAUCUAUAACUUCUAUCGCACAGGAGUGUUAUGGGUAAGAGAUGAGUUAUGUCCCCGCAGCUUCCUUGAGGAAAUUAAUUACUGGGGGGUAAGAGUAAAGCACGCUCCCCGCUGCUGUCGUAUAUCCUUUGAAGAAAGGCAGGAUGAGCUCAGUGAACAGCUAAAGAUCCAAAGAGAGCUCAAAGCUGAAAUGGAAACAGAGGAGAAUGAAGAGCUUUUUAGAGGCAUGUGUUGUGGACCCAUGAGGCGUCAUAUUUGGAAUUUGAUGGAGAAACCCUUCUCCUCCUUUACAGCAAAGGCUAUGGCAGUGGCAUCUAGCUUCUUUGUACUUAUUUCUGUUGUGGCAAUGACCCUUAAUACAGUAGAAGAUAUGCAAUACAAGAAUUCUAUUGGGAUGGCAAGUGGGAGACCUUACUUGGAACAUGUGGAAACCUGUUGUAUAGCAUUCUUUACUUUGGAGUACGUGCUUCGUAUGAUCUCGACUCCAGAUAUACAGCGAUUUGUGCGGAGUGUUCUUAAUGCUGUAGAUCUGAUAGCAAUAAUGCCACUCUAUUUGCAAUUGCUCCUUGAGACGUUUUCAGAGGAAGACCAAAGUGGUAAAAGAUCUGGUCAUGAACAUGAGAUAGAAGCCGUUGGACGGGUUGGAAAACUUGGGCAAGUCCUUAGGAUAAUGAGACUGAUGCGCAUAUUCCGCAUCCUUAAGUUGGCACGUCAUUCCACAGGGCUUAGAGCUUUUGGGUUUACCCUUCGACAAUGCUACCAACAAGUAGGAUGUCUACUACUCUUCAUCGCCAUGGGGGUUUUCUCGUUUUCUGCCAUGGUUUAUACUGUUGAACAUGAUGUCUCAGGCACUAACUUCACAAGUAUUCCUCAUGCCUGGUGGUGGGCAGCAGUCAGCAUCUCUACAGUGGGAUAUGGAGACACCUACCCAGAAACCCACCUUGGCCGGAUUUUUGCUUUCUUAUGUAUUGCUUUUGGAAUCAUUCUAAAUGGGAUGCCCAUUUCUAUUCUGUAUAAUAAGUUUUCAGACUAUUACAGCAAACUUAAAUCAUAUGAAUAUACCACCAUUCGAAAGAAAAGAGGAAAAGUGAAUUUUACAGGUCGUGCCAUGCAGAAGAUGUCAGAAUGUUAUACAGGAGUGCCAGCACAAUAUCUCCCAGGACACCACUAACAAUGGCCUAUUCUGUAAUUACAAAACUCCAUUACUUAUUCAAUUUUAUCCAAGAAAAGGAAAUUGUGCUCACUUGGAGAACAGUAUGAACUAUGGCAAGUUAAGAAAAGGUUAUAAAGUCUAUAUAUUUUCUCUGUACCUUCUCAUACUCAGUAUUCAUCAAUAUCAGUACUCUUAUUUGUGUACUACAUUCUAAAGUAAAUUCUGUAAGUAUUUCAUGUGUAACACUAUUCUAGACUCUGGUCACAUCACAUUUAUGCAUUACAUUUGCUGCACGUGUCGGGAAAGUUUCAUGACGCAUGCAGCACACAUAAUACAGUUAAAUACAUACAGUAUCAAUAUACGUUAUCUUGCAGUGGGCUGCUUCAUAGAAAUGUAUCUGUUAGAAAAAUCAUUGAUUCUUAUUUAUGCAAUCCAUAGAAAAGAACAUGACGUUUCGUCUAUAAGUGACCUUUCUUCAGACCAUCAGAUUGUUGGAAAGGGAAGUGUGUAUGGUCUAGAGCACCAGUAGUGGGCUAUUGUCCACCGAUAGUUCCUCCAAUAGGGAAAUAAUGCUCUCUUUAUCAAAUGCAUAAUAUCUGGCUAAGUUAUUCCCUCAAAACAGUCAUAUAGUACCUCAUACAGAAAUAUGCAGGCCAAAAUAUUCUACGCAAUACAGAUCCAUAUUGUCCACCAUCAUACAGGCCAGAAAUGCACAUGGUCUUAUGAA